AUGAGUGCGUGGACUGAGGAAGUACUCUCUUGGCGCGACGACCGUCUCGGUCUCACCGAAUUACCCACUGUAAACCGCAGAAAAAACCGCACCGCGCCAUAUAGACUACACAGACCGCAUUUGUCGACCGCUCACGUGCCUGAACCGGUACCCGAGGCCCAUGGAACGCAUAUUUCGAGGUUAUACCCUGAGAUACUUGCGUUAAUAUUCGAGAGAUUACCCGUUAGAGAUAGAGGACGGGCCGCACAGGUUUGUCGUUCUUGGCGUGAUGCAGCUGACAGAAGAUCUGUUUGGAGAGGUGUUGAGGCAGCAUUACAUUUAAGAAGACCAGCUGCAGUGUUAUUCGCUUCGCUUGCAAGACGUGGAGUACGGAAAUUACAAGUAUUAUCUUUGCGACGAGGUUUAAGAGAUGCAGUUUCCGCCUUACCUGGUUUAGAUUCGCUUUCUCUUAGUGGUUGUUAUAGCGUAACUGACGCUGCACUUGCAAGUGCUUUCGCAACAGAACUUCCAGCGUUAAGAAGACUAGAUUUAUCUUUAUGCAAACAAGUAACAGAUUCAUCACUCGGCCGAAUAGCGCAAUCACUGAAAAACUUAGAAGAACUAGAGCUUGGUGGGUGCUGUAAUGUAACAGAUACAGGAUUGUUACUAAUUGCCUGGGGAUUGAGGAAACUACGUAGACUCAACCUAAGAUCAUGCUGGCAUGUAAACGACGAUGGGAUUGCCCACUUAUGCGGAGGAGGCGAAGCUAGGGGCACUCCAGAGUUGGAGCAUUUAGGAUUACAAGAUUGCCAAAGGUUAACAGAUGAGGCGCUUAAGCAUGCAGCCACUGGUCUUCCUAAUCUUAAAUCUAUCAACCUUUCAUUCUGUGUUGCGGUCACAGAUGCUGGAUUACGGCACUUAGCAAAGCUCCCACAAUUAGAGGAUGUUAAUUUAAGAGCUUGCGACGGAGUAUCCGAUGCUGGAGUAGCUCAUUUAGCUGAAAGCGGCCGAUUGAGGGCUUUAGAUGUUUCUUUUUGUGAUAAAGUGGGAGAUGAGGCAUUAUCUCAUGCAACUCUAGGGUUGUCUGGACUUCGAUCACUGUCGCUUAGCGCUUGCCGACUCACUGAUGAAGGUCUGGAGAGGGUAGCGCGGCUUUCACAGCUAGAAACGCUAAAUAUAGGGCAAUGUACCCGUGUUACUGACAGAGGACUUCGCGCAUUAGGCGAUGGCUUAUUAAAUUUGAAGGCCAUAGACUUGUAUGGUUGCACGUGCAUUACUCCACAAGGCUUGGACCAUAUCGUGAAGCUGCCACGGCUUAGUGUACUCAACUUAGGUUUGUGGCAUGUGCGGUGA